AUGUCUUCUGUCCCCAUAAGACAGAUAAACUCAGACCUUUCUGUAACUGAGAUGGGCAAAUGCCUCCAGUACAGCAGUUUUAGUGCGAGCCCACGGGUAUCUUCAGAUCCCUCUGUUGUCCGUAAGACGCGCACCCGGCAGGCAGGCGAUAUCAAACUUCGCGAUACUUGCAACGGUCGCGGACCUUUGUGUUACCGGCUUCCCGGGGCCAAGAUGGCAGGAAGACUGCUCCGCCCAUGUGAACCAAGAUUUUGUUAUCGCGAGACCGCAAUGACAGUUCAGGGGCCCGAUCUCGCGGGAUUUUCCGAGCCAGGGCUGAAAGCUGCAGGGGAAGCCUCCACAGCGCUCUCCAGCUCUGCCGCUGUCUGGGACACCGCCUCCCCUCUCCCUGGACCCUCUCGGGCUCCACCUGUGUUCCCUCUCGUCUGCUGGCGUCGCGCUUCAGGGGGGCGAUGUACGAAGGGCUGCAGGAAGUGGCGUUGGCCUCAGUCUUCCCGCCCGCCUCCUCCUCCAGGUCCUCGGCCGCCUGCCGAGUAUUGUACGCAACCAGGCUGCCCGGCCCCUCCCCCUGGCCAGAUGGAUCCCUCUGCCCCCAAGCCUCGCGCGGACACCGCCGGCAAAGACAUAUGGCAUCCAGGAGAAAGAUGUCUUGCCCCUUCUCCAGAUAAUGGGACACUUUGUGAAGCAAGCAUAAAAUCUAUCACAGUGGAUGAAAAUGGGAAGUCAUUUGCAAUCAUCUUAUAUUCAGAUUUUCAAGAAAGAAAAGUACCUCUUAAAAGACUUCAAGAAGUAAAAUCUCGUAAAGAUUGCUCCAGGAAUUUUAUAUUUGAUGAUGAAGAUUUGGAAAAACCCUAUUUCCCAGACCGAAAAUUUCCAUCAUCUGCUGUUGCUUUUCCGUUAUCUGAAGAUGGAGUCUCUAUUCCUUAUACUAUUAACAGGUAUUUGAGAGACUACCAAAGGGAAGGAGCCCAGUUUCUCUAUGCACACUUCAUCCAAAGAAACGGAUGUAUUCUUGGUGAUGACAUGGGACUUGGAAAAACAGUACAGGUUAUUUCAUUUUUGGCUGCAGUUUUGCAUAAAAAGGGAACUCGUGAAGAUAUUGAAAACAACAUGCCAGAGUUUUUACUAAGAAGUAUGAAAAAGGAGCCCCCUUCUUCUAUAGCAAAAAAAAUGUUCUUAAUAGUUGCUCCUCUUUCUGUCCUCUACAACUGGAGGGAUGAAUUGGACACCUGGGGAUAUUUCAGAGUCACUAUUUUACACGGUAACAAAAAAGACAAUGAACUGAUUCGUGUAAAGCAGAGGAAAUGUGAAAUUGCUCUAACAACUUAUGAAACGUUACGUUUAUAUCUGGAGGAACUUAACAGUUUGGAAUGGUCAGGUGUCAUUGUGGAUGAAGCUCAUAGAAUCAAGAAUCCAAAGGCUAGAAUAACAGAAGCUAUGAAAGCUUUGAAAUGUGAUGUCCGCAUUGGCCUCACUGGAACCAUUCUUCAGAACAACAUGAAAGAACUGUGGUGUGUUAUGGACUGGGCUGUGCCAGGACUUUUAGGUAAUAGGAUCCACUUCAAGAAGCAGUUUUCUGAUCCAGUAGAACAUGGUCAGAGACACACAGCAACAAAAAGAGAACUAGCCACUGGCCGAAAGGCCAUGCAAAGGCUUGCAAAGAAGAUGUCUGGAUGGUUUCUCCGGCGUACCAAGACUCUAAUCAAGGAUCAGUUGCCUAAGAAAGAAGACCGGAUGGUGUAUUGUUCUCUGACAGAUUUUCAGAAAGCUGUCUAUCAAACGGUAUUAGAAACAAAAGAUGUGACUUUGAUACUUCAGUCUUCUGAGCCUUGUAGCUGCAGCAGUGGCCGGAAAAGGAGAAAUUGUUGUUAUAAGACCAAUUCACAUGGUGAAACAGUGAAAACCUUGUAUUUCAGUUACCUUGCAGUCCUUCAGAAGGUAGCUAACCAUGUUGCACUACUGCAGUCUGCUAGCACCUCCAAACACCAGGAAACACUUAUCAAAAGGAUAUGUGAUCAGGUAUUUUCCAAGUUCCCAGAUUUUGUGCAGAAAAGCAAAGAUGCAGCCUUUGAAACCCUUUCUGACCCAAAAUACAGUGGGAAAAUGAAGGUCCUUCAGCAGCUUUUAAAUCAUUGCAGGAAAAACAAAGAUAAAAUACUUCUUUUCUCCUUUUCCACCAAGCUGCUUGAUGUUCUGCAGCAAUACUGUAUGGCAGCCGGCCUUGAUUACCGACGACUUGAUGGAAGUACGAAAUCAGAGGAAAGAAUCAAGAUUGUGAAAGAGUUCAACAGUACACAAGAUGUUAACAUUUGCCUUGUCUCCACAAUGGCUGGUGGACUAGGCCUCAAUUUUGUUGGUGCCAAUGUUGUUGUAUUAUUUGAUCCUACUUGGAAUCCAGCCAAUGAUCUUCAAGCAAUUGACAGAGCAUAUAGGAUUGGGCAGUGCAGGGAUGUGAAAGUAUUUAGGCUGAUAUCUUUGGGAACUGUGGAGGAGAUCAUGUACUUACGACAGGUAUACAAGCAGCAACUUCACUGUGUGGUGGUUGGAAGUGAAAAUGCCAAGCGAUAUUUUGAAGCGGUUCAAGGAUCAAAAGAGCACCGAGGAGAGCUUUUUGGGGUCUAUAAUCUCUUCAAACUAAGGUCCCAAGGGUCUUGUCUUACGAGGGACAUCCUCGAGAGAGAAGGCAAAGUGGAAGCCGGGAUCAUGACAGCCACAACAUGGUUGAAAGAGGAACCUCCCGUACACAAACAAGAAAUGUCUAAAGAGCCUGACUGUCAAGAACAUAGAGGUCUAGAACAACCUGCGGAGUUGCCAACAAAAGAAGCAUGUGAUCCCUGCAGUGAUUUUAGUGAUGAUGAAUCAGUGGGAAACUCAAGAAUAAAGACUGCUAAAAACAAAGCAUCUGACUCAAGUAAAGCUUCAGGUUCUGCUGGACAGCUUACCUUACUCCAUUGUGGUUUCUCUAAAUUGUUUGAAACAAAAUAUAAAGCAGUUGAAGAUAGUGAUGGAAAUAUUGCCUCUGAUGAUGAAAGUUCUGAUGAACAGCCCAUGUGUCUUUCAACAGAAGCCAAAGAUGUUGGUUUUCAGACAAGUCAUGACUCUCUUGGUACUUCAAAACACCAGAAAUUAGCUAACACCCUAAAUCCAAAUGAAAAAUGUAUUUUUGAUAAAAGUGAGAAAAUUUUCAAACAAAAUAUUUCUUCUGAGUCUGAUGAUGAGAAAAAUCUUAAAAAUACAGGUGACCACCAUUGCAUUUUACAGAAUGUCACAGAAUCAGAAGACAGUGAUGUCAUCUUUCCCACACAAUAUACAACUCAGAUAUGCCCUAAGAAUGGUAUAAAGUUUAAGCCACUUGUGGAUGGAUCUCAAGAUUCUGAAACAGAAAAUCCUGUAAAAAUAAGGAAUAAUGGUGAUGAUGGAAAGACUGAUGUCAAAGGAAAUAGACAAAUUGCAAAACAAUUAAAUCCUAAGAACAUGACCCUGAAAUCUAUUAUGAAAAGAAAAAGCAGUAGUGAUAUUAGUGAUGAGUCUGAUGACAUUGAAAUUUCCUCUGAGUCAAGAGUAAGAAAGCGAAGAGCUACUAGUUCUUUGAAGUUUAAGAGAAAAAAGGAAAGUAAAAAGGAGCUUUUCACUUUUCCUAAAACAAUGAAGAAAACAAAUCAACUGUAUACCACAGAUGGAGAUUGUAACUCGCAAGCUAUUGAUGAUUUUUCAUCCUCAGAUGACGAUUUAACUGUCCGCCACAUCAGUUUCUCUAAACAAAGCAAUACACCAAAAACUAUAAAAGAUAGAAUCAGUUUCUCUUCAAAAUUGCCUAACCAUAAGGAAAAGGAUACUUUAAUGCCAAGAAAAUCAGUGAAAUUUUCAAAUGAGAAAGUUGUCAAUCAAGAGCAGGUGUAUGAGUCAAUGGAUAAAUUUUUAGAUGGUGUUCGGGAAGUGGCUUAUAUUCACUCCAACCAGACUGUGAUUGGAUCCAGCAAAGCUGAAAAUCACAUGAGCCGAUGGGCAGCACGGGAUGUGUUUGAAUUGAAGCAGUUUUCCCAGCUUCCUGCCAAUGUAGCUGUUUGCACUUCUAAGACACAGAAAGAAAAAGUGAAGACAGAUACACUGACACAUACAAAGAAAGGUCAACAGCUAAGUGAAGGAAGCAUUUCAUUUCCCCUCUUCAUUUCACAUCCUGUAAGCCAGAAGAAGAAAAAAGUCUACCGCACAGAUCAGACCACAUUCAUAAUUGGAGAAACGCCAAAAGGAAUCCGCAGAAAACAAUUUGAAGAAAUGGCUUCUUAUUUUAACUUGCCUUCUGUAAAGGAAUUUGCUGAACAUAUAACUAAGGCCACAUCAGAAGAACGACAGAAAAUGCUAAAAGACUUUUAUGCUUCUCAGUAUCCAGAGGUAAAAGAAUUUUUUGCGGAUUCUGCUGCAGAAUUCAUUAAAUCUUCCCAUCAGAAAAGAGAGAGAGUCAGGAAUAAGUCUGAAAAAAGAGAAUCUCUUAUAAAAGAAAGGCUGUCAGAUUCUGAAACUUUGUCAUUUAAAAAUUCUCCCAAAAAAGUUUCUCAAAUUUGCAGCCCAAAAAUAUAUAAAGAAAAAUCUAUUAAGUUUCAAAAUCACAGUUUCCAUAGAGGAGAGGUGCUUUCUAAUGAUGGAGAAACUAACGAAUCACCUAUAAGCUCUACCCAAGAGACUGACAAUGGGAAAAACAGCCAAGCCUCCAAAGACACUGUGGCAUCCUGUUUCCUGAACACUAAGUCUGAAGUAUAUGAGUUAGAAAAAUUAGAAUAUACCAUGAAAGACCAACAAGACCUAAGAAGAACAGGCAUUUCAAGAAAUGAACCACUUUUCGAAGUGGAAAACAGAAAGAUCAAAAAUCCAGAGUUAGGCAACACUUCUGUGGUUCGCUUACUUGGUGACACGUCCAUUCUUGAUGACCUCUUUAAAAGUCAUGGGAACAGUACCACACAACUGCCAAAGAAAGUUCUUUCAGGGCCCAUGGAAAAAGCAAAACAGAGACCAAAAGAUUUCUGGGACAUCUUGAAUGAACAGAAUGAUGACAGUCUUAGCAAACUCACUGACUUGGCAGUGAUAGAGACUCUGUGUGAAAAAGUGCCCCUUGCUGCCUCCUCCAAAAGGAAAGAGGAGCUGGAAACUUCACUUUGGAAAUCAAAUGAGAAAUUUUUGUGGAAAAAAUUUAGCUCAAGUGAUACAGAUGAAAACACAACUAAUGUGCAAAAGUAAUGCAUAAACAUACAAUGAGUUACUAUAACCAGUGAAUUUCUGCCACCCAUGUUUACAACACCGUGUUCCACACUAAGUAUGUUAC